AUGGAGAAAGCCAAAGUCAUCGGACCUAACGGUCUUGCUCCAAUUUCUCUUCAGAGACAAGCAGAUAUUCGCAUCACGACCGAGGUGAUCUACGACGUGAUCACCAACAGCAACAUGAUUAGCCUGGAGGAGAGCGCUCAUGCUCCUGCUGCUGUUCGUAACAAGGCUCGUGCUGAUCGUCUCGCUGGUAUGAAGACCGUGUCGGCUCGCCUCAACGGCCGUCGCUUCACCCAGGUGAAUGUUAAUGAUGAGCCGCGUAAGCUUUGUGAUGCCUCGAAGGAUAUCGAGAAGGCGAUGAAACUCGCAAAGGUACGUCGCACCCUUCUUCCAUCCACACCCACAUCCACCUCGUCAUCUCCACAUGUGCAUGUGCUCCUGUAUUCGACUUGUUCCUGUUCUCUGCUCUUGUGUCCAUUUUCGUUCACGGGUCCCUUCGAUCCCCGUCACUUCCGAGGACAACACUUACCUUUCUUCGUCACUCCUGUCUCACACUGGUCUUGCAUAGGACAAGCAAGCUGCUGCUUCUCGUACCACUGCCCCGCGUGCCUCCCCUGCCUGAAGAACUCUGGCAUCGAUCCGCUGCCCCCCCACAAGGCCGCUCCUGUCAAAGCCGCUGGCGAAAGCAAGGACGCAGAUAACGACUCCACCGCUGGUUCCAAGAAGGCCGGAUCCACCGGGGGUGAGGAGUCCGCAACCUCUCCCAAGAGACCCAGAGGUGUGACUGCUCCUGCUGAUUUCAUGAAGCAGGUCCGUUUGCUCCACUUGCAGAAGCAGAUGGCACCCAAGGCUGUCCCUGCUGGACCUCCUCGUCGGAUUGUUUUCGGGAACCUUCCGGAGUGGGCGGACAUCCCCAGCGUCCUGCAGCUUGUCUACGGCGGUGCAAUUGAACGUGCCUGGAGUGAGAACGGCGAAGUCAUCGUGCAGUUCGUUGAUCAGGACGUCUGCGUCAAAUACUUUGGGAACCAUUCCGAGGGGAUCAGUCUGAAGGAUGGCGAUAACGACGUCACCAUCUCUGUUGUCAUGCCCGAGGAGGGCCUGCAGGAUAACGCCGAACUCUGGAAGCGUGUGCAAGGGGGUGCUUCUCGCGUCGUUUCUCUCUGUGGUCUUCCGACUGGCUUCAAGACUACCGACAAUGAAAACGUCUUGGGUAUUGCCGCUGACCCUGUCUGGGGUGGGAAGAGCUUCGAACGCAUUCUGAUCAAGCAGGCUGAGUCCGGUGUUGAUGUCUACGUCUCCUUCUACGACCUCCAUGACGGUUGGGACUUCUUGCAAAGCAUCAAGGAGGGAGCGUACGACUGCAUUGCAGGCUUUGAAGUUGAUCCAUGCGCUCUGGCUCCGGGAUUCCAUUUCAUGGAUGAGCCCAACCUGAUGUUCUCCGGAAUUCUCGCCAUGGGGGAAUAG